CACUCUAAUCAAUUUCUUCUCGUGCUAACCACCGCAACUCAACCUCUCUGCAUUCUCUUCGAUGAUCUUUGUUACAUUACUUGGAGCGUAACAGAGAAUCAACCAUCAUAAGGGAGCAUUUUCUUGGAGAAUUAUGGCUUCUGCAAAUUUAGUGACCAACAGUUUGCUGAGUAAAUUUUGAUGAAGUGAGUAACGGUGUUAGUACUGUGUACUUACUCUUCAAUUCUUCUGGGUUAGGAUUACCGUUUGUACACUUUAGAAGCAAACUCACUUCAUAGGAGAUUAGGAGUCUGAGAACACUACAUAAAUCUGAAGAAUUGUACAACCUGUCUAAAAUUUCUGUUUAUAAUACAUGGCUUGUAAAAUGGGAUCUAUGAUUCUGAGGUGGAGAUUAUCAACUGCAGAGAAUGAAAGCUCUGAUAAUUCACACGUAGCCCAAACAAGUUCCAGAAUCUAUAGCUGUUGCUGUGAGCCAAGAUUUUAUGGGUUAACUCUAAAAGUUGGCAUGAAGUCUUCACCUUUUGCUCAGAGCUGUUUCCUGGGAAGAAGAGCUGGGUGGAAAAUAGCUUUUGCCUUGAACACAGGUGGAGUGUCUAAUAAUGGUGAGCAACAAAGCCUCAACGAUGCCAAUUCCAAUUUUGGGGGUACUCGAUUGGGUAGGAUACUGACUGCAGGUGGCAGACAACUUCUAGAAAAACUGAACUCAGCCAGAAAGAACUUCCCUAUGAAGAUAUUCCUGCUACUUUUGGGUUUCUACACAGCAAAUGCACUGGCUACAAUCCUUGGGCAAACUGGUGAUUGGGAUGUCCUGGUUGCUGGUGUUGUGGUAGCUGCAAUUGAGGGAAUUGGCAUGCUAAUAUAUAGAAAGCCGCCUACUGUGAAAACUGGGAGGUUGCAGUCUUUUCUAGUGAUGGUGAACUACUGGAAAGCCGGCAUAUGUUUGGGACUCUUCGUAGAUGCUUUCAAGUUAGGCAGCUAAGAACACACAAAUCCUGUCCUCUUGCUUUCUAUUUUCAAUUUGGCGUUGUACUUCACAAAACUCUGGUAAGCAAUAAAUUUGACGUAGUUUUCUUCUAUUGAUACCUCAGCUCUUUACUAAUGUUGUACAUGUAAUUGUAGUAUGUGAAUAGAAUAUAUGACAAAUGCUUGAAAACUCUGUGGAUCAGUGAACAGUGGACCAUUUUGCAUGUGCUUUGGUAAAUAAAACCUGUUAAUUUCUUACCCGACUUCAUUCGCUUGUACAUCUGUACUGGUGACUCUGAGUUUCACCGUUUAAGAGGAAAAAGAUUUAGUGAGAGGUACUGAGCUACCUGAAGUUCUGAACUUAAUGUGGAGCUACUUAUAGUAAUCCACGGCUGCAAACACAAAGAAAUAUAAAUGGUAUCGCCUCAUUUGUUCUUUUUUAAUAUAUGUCAGCAGAUGCUGUUGAUCCAUUUAAGUGCUGGCAAGUUGUUUGCAGUGCGAAGCAACAGUAUGAAAUUUAGGAUUCAAUUCUUGGUGACGUGAUUGGAAACUAGAAACGAUGAAGAGUGAAAAUUUUUCGUGUUUGUAUGGAAUUUUGGAGAAAGUUGCUUGAUGAGUUUGCUAAUAUAACAAUCAUCAAAUUAUAUAACUAUACAAUCUUUAGUGCAAAGUUAUUAUGUUAAUAAAGCUCUUGCUAAAAUUUUCAAUAAAUAAGUAGGCAAAACCAAAAUUUAAAAAAUAAGCUUGAUGUAUAAACUAUACCUAUAUGGAUUAAAAUGUCUAAUAUACCCCUAGUUUUUUUGAAAGACAAAUUAUAAUGUACCUCAAUCAUAUUUUACUAUGAUCUAACUGUAUGUCACAAUCACAUCUUUUUAACUAAUAUGCUGGAAAAUGGAUUUAACGAUAGAAGUUCAAAAGGAAAAUGAUCACAACAAAUAUAUUGACUAAUAAACAGCUUGUCUUGAGUUAAAGAAAGCAGUCAUAUAUGGGGCAUAAAAAGCCCAUCGAGCAAAAGAACAAGGAUGUGUUUUUUCUCUUCUCAUUCAAUAAUCUAAACACAAAAAUAUAUUUGAUAAAAAAAAAAAAGAAUAUGAAAUAGAAAACAAAAACUGA